AUGGAAAAUGUUAUCGGGAAUCACUGUGAAAAUACUUUAAGUGCAGAAGAGACUUGCAGUGCUAAAUUAUUUGAUUCCACUCGAAGUGCUUUUCACAAUUCGUUCAUGAUAUUUAUUACGAACGCGAUUGCAACGCAAUGCGAUGAUUGGAAACAUGUUACCAACUUCAGCAUGUUCAUGAAGUUCAGUUUCAGAGAUGGCUUAAGCUCGACACAAUGUGAAACAGUUUCGAGAUAA